AAACUUAACAGUUACUGAUAUUUGAUGAAUUGGUACAGAGGCGUCAGCAAAUAGACACUGCGCGCAUCCAGCUUUAUGCUCCGGACCCAAAAACAGCCCAGAUGAAUAUACUGUAACGAUGCAGAAAUGGACUAAAUGGGGGAGUUUGGAUACACUGUCGGAGGACUAAGUUUUCACUCACGAUGCUUUGUUUCUCACGAUUACUGUUUUUGCUCUUAUGUCUUUUCCUUAUCACCGAAUCUCGAAGGCACAGGAUGAGAAAAAGGAGGUGGACGGGAACGACAGAAACGCACAAGCACGGCACGUCUUUAUCGGGGAAAGCCCAAGAUGGGACAAAAUCUCGGAAACUGAAAACCGAUCACCUGCUGCACGUGGAUGAUCACGAUUUCACCAUGAGGCCCUCAUUUGGAGGCCCUGCCAUCCCGGUCGGGGUGGAUGUCCAGGUGGAAAGCUUGGACAGUAUUUCUGAAGUGGACAUGAAUGAAAGACUGCUAUGGUUGUUUCAUCUCAGGGUUACGGUCACAGCUGCUUGUAACAUGGACUUCAGUCGCUUUCCUCUGGAUUCCCAAACCUGCUCCCUGGAGCUUGAAAGCUAUGCUUACACCGACGAGGACCUCAUGCUCUACUGGAAAAGUGGUGACGAGUCGCUCAGCACCGAUGACAAGAUCUCCCUAUCCCAGUUCCUCAUUCAGAAGUUUCACACUACCUCGAGACUCGCCUUCUACAGCAGCACAGGAUGGUACAAUCGGCUGUACAUCAACUUCACUCUCCGUCGGCACAUCUUCUUCUUCCUGCUGCAGACCUACUUCCCAGCCACGCUGAUGGUCAUGCUCUCCUGGGUGUCCUUCUGGAUUGACCGCAGGGCGGUACCUGCCAGGGUGUCCUUAGGUAUCACCACGGUGCUCACCAUGUCCACCAUCAUCACCGGAGUCAACGCCUCAAUGCCUAGGGUCUCCUACAUCAAAGCGGUGGAUAUCUACCUCUGGGUCAGCUUCGUGUUCGUCUUUCUGUCUGUGCUGGAGUACGCCGCCGUCAACUACCUGACCACGGUUCAGGAACGCAGGGACCGGAAGAUCAGAGAAAGACUUCGAGAGCAGUCACUGCCCUGCACCUGUGGCAUGUCCCACACCCGCACCAUGAUGCUCGACGGGACGUACAGUGAAGCGGACACCGAGAGCCUGGCGGGAUACACCUUAGCCCCCAUCGUACCUGAGGAGAAGGAGAAACAGGGCCAGAUGGUGGGCCACCUGUCCAUGAGCAGCGUGUCCACCAGCACUGGCAAGAAGAAGGGACUGCGGGGUCUGCGCAUCAUCGAGAACACCCACGCCAUCGACACCUACUCCCGCAUGAUCUUCCCAGGAUCCUACAUCAUCUUCAACUUGAUCUACUGGUCUGUUUACUGCUGAGGACCCUUCCUGGCUUUGGCAGAAGAAUAAGGAGAAAGUGUUUUGGUUACACAACAGAACCGUAAGCUGGGCCAAUAAUCACUGAAGAUUUUAAUAACAACAGACCUGUGUGAUGGAUUUGACAGUGAAUUUUAUGACAUCCAGGUUAGCCAAUGCUAAUUCCUGGUUUACAUACCAUACAAUAAAUCUGUUUAACACAAUUACUUGACUUAACAUGAGCAGUAUGAGCCAGACAAUCCCAGGAAGGACAUGCAGCAAGCCAACGGUAAUCAUUUCAGAGAGACUUUUGACAGCUUAUGAAAUAUUAGUAAUUACACCGCUUUUAAAAGGUAAUUUGCCAUUAUUACUGGAUAUUUGUAAGUUACUGAUAGAGACUGUGGUCAGCAUUGCUUAGCUAGACAAUAACGUCACUGAAGAUGUUUUCUUUUUGUGUGGGGAGGGGGGGCAGCAUGGUUAUAGUUGAAUGGUUCGUUCAGUUGUUUUUUUCACUCACAUGUAAAAAGCAUCCUGAGUUUCGUCCAUAUCAGAGACUAAAAGCAUCAGUAAAAUCUGUGUUUAUGUGUGACUAGGAAUCAGCGAAUGACAGAUGUGUAUAGUACUGAUUCUGUGCAGGGAAAAUGUUUGAAAUUUAUUAAAUCACAGUCCCUUUUGGUCAAA